GCGGGCCGGCGGAAAGCGCGGAGGCUUUUGGUCACGUGACCUCCUCCUCCUCUUCUCCCCCUCCGCCCCCCUUUCAGGACGAGAGCUGUUGUUUUUCCCCUUCCCAACAGGAAGCGCCCCUCCAGGCUACUCGGUGGUCCUGCUGCUCUAUGGAAGAACAGGGGGAAGAGCACAUGCGAAAGAGCUGUUGGAUGUAAAUUAGUACCAUCAAACAACCUGUGCAGCCUAGCUUCAGCAGCUUCCUUUCCUAGGAGCUAUUUGGAAACAGGAUGGAUGACUUGUUCAGCUAGCAGUAGCGUCCUCCUGUGGGCCAUCUUUGUCAACCUCUUUGACUGCCUGGGAUUGAGACUUGCCUCACUCACAUGCCAAAAGAGGUUCUUUCCUGAAAGUUGAUGACCAGAGCAGGCUGCUGUCCAGACAAGUCAUCCAACUCAUACCUUGUUUCCAAAUUGCCUUUGAGAAGGGUGAUAUUCAUAGAAGCUACUGAAGACUACAUAGAAUUCAUUUUAGGCAAAAUAAGUGAAAUAAGUUGUUUUGAUCAAGUAAAAUGGAUCCUUGUUCAGUUGGAAUUCAGCUUCAAGCUACCAACGAAUGUCAUAAAACCUACUAUACCCGUCACACUGGUUUCAAGACUAAGCAAGAUAUAUCUUCAUCUGACCUAUUGUUACUUCAGCUUAGGACUGGAAUGACCCUUUCAGAGAACAAUACAAUCUGCUUCCAUCAUGCAAAAAUUUACAUUGAAAGAUUUGAAGACUUGCAAAAAUCAUGCUGUGAUCCCUUUAAUAUACACAGAAAACUAUCAAAGAAAAACUUACGUGCAAUUGACUUAGAUGAUGCAACUUUUCUAAGUGCCAAGUUUGGAAGGCAGUUUGUACCGGGCUGGAAGCUUUGUCCCAAAUGUAUGCAGAUAAUAAAUGGAAGCGUGGAUGUUGAAUCUGAAGAUCGCCAAAGAAGAAAACUUGAUUCAGACGGGCGUACAGCUAAGGCUUUGAAGUCUCUGCAGUUUGCUAAUCCAGGACGACAGACUGAGUUCACUCCUGAGACCAGUAAAAGGGAAAAAAGAAGACUGCAAACAAAAAGUACAUCAUUUAAUUCAGACAGGCAAGUUAUACCAGCAAAGAGUAAAGUCUAUGAUAGCCAGGGACUGCUCCUUUACAGUGGAAUGGACCUCUGUGAUUGUCUUGAUGAAGAUUGCCUGGGAUGUUUCUAUGCUUGCCCCAAGUGUGGCUCCAACAAGUGUGGAGCUGAAUGUCGCUGUGACCGCAAGUGGCUAUAUGAACAAAUUGAGAUAGAAGGAGGAGAAAUCAUUCGCAAUAAGCAUGUGGGUUAGUGCAUAUAUGCAUUAUUUACCCUGAUCAUAUAUUCCAUGCUUUGAUUAAACACAGCACAUUCGUCGCUUAGAGCUUAAAGCCAUUGGAAUUUAUCAUGAUCCGUAUGAUCAAUGCUCUCACUUUCAUAUUCAUUUUCAGUAUGAUUACGGAAGUUUUCGUUAUCAUACUGAUAUCUUGUCACACCUCAUUCUGUCUUGUAGUCGGUCUUGUUAGUCAUAUGAAUAAGUUCUCAUUGAACAGUCUUGCAUUAUAUUGAAGUAUAAGGUGCUAAAUUCUUAUGUGACAUUCUUAGCUACUAACCUCAUUUCGUAGAGUGUUUUGUAGAGCGUACCAUCUCUGUGCAUCCCUUAUUUAUCCCUCUCUGUUUCAGGAUCUCAUGGUUUUGAUUGUUUUCUUUAUGUGAAACACUCUUCUGUGUUGUAAAUUCUCAGUGAAAUUAUAUACAGUAUUAAUAAAGUUUUCUUCAGUAUUAA